AUGGCCGGCCUUCCCGUGCCCGUUGCCGUCGACGACGACGGCCCGCAGCGAAUCAAGGACUCCUCUCCACGCAUGUCCUGGAUCCAAUCUCUUCUCCGCAUACGCCUCGACGACGAUGUCUGCAACCAGAAUUAUCCGGGCCGUGGCACAGACGACGACCCUUACAUUAUCGAUUUCCUGCAGAACGACAGCCAAGACGCCAUGAAUUUUACCAAGGGGCGAAAAUGGGCCAUUGCCGUUCUCCAGUCGCUGUCGACGUUCGCGGUGACCUUUGCUAGCUCGGUGUACGUCAGUGGCAUUGGAGGCAUCACGCAGCGCUUUGGUGUGUCCAGGGAGGUGGCCACACUGGGUUUGUCGCUCUUCGUCUUGGGCUUCGCCCUGGGACCGCUGAUCUGGGCACCUCUGUCGGAGGUGUACGGGCGCAAGUCCAUCUUUGUGGUUUCGUUCACGGCAUACACGGCCUUCAGCGUGGCGGCGGCGUGCGCGCCCAACAUCGCGACUUUGCUGGCUCUUCGCUUCCUUGCGAGCGCGUUUGGUUCGUCGUCAAUGACCAAUGUUGGGGGCGUCAUCGCCGACAUGUUCAGCAAGAAGGAGCGUGGAAUGGCGACAGGCAUGUUUGUCACGGCUCCCUUUCUGGGCCCUGCACUUGGCCCCGUUGCUGGCGGUUUUCUUGCCGAGACCCAGGGCUGGCGCUGGACUCUCGGGUUGAGCGCCAUACUGGGCGGUCUGAUCUGGAUUGCCACGUCACUGACCACCCACGAAACAUACGCGCCGUUCAUUCUGCGUCGUCGAGCCAAGGCCCUCUCCCGGAUGACGAGAAGUUUAUAUGUGUCCCGGAUCGAUGCGGGAAAGCCGCCCAAGACACUCUCGCAGGAGCUCUCGGUCUCUUUCACGCGUCCCUGGGUCCUUCUGUUCCGCGAACCCAUUGUCUUACUGGCGUCGCUGUACAUCUCAAUCGUCUACGGCACGCUGUACAUGUUCUUUGCCGGGUUUCCCAUCGUCUUCCAAGCCGCUCGAGGCUGGAGCCAGGGUAUCGCCGGACUUCCGUUUGUCGGUGUCGCCAUUGGCGUCUGUCUUGCCACCCUAGCGGCCGGUGUGGACAACAAGCGCUUCGUGCGCCAGUGCGAGGCAGCCGAAGCAGAGGGACGCGCGGUCGAGCCAGAAGCCAGACUGCGCACGGCUAUGGCAGGUUCGAUUGUCCUUCCGAUUGGUCUGUUCCUCUUUGCAUGGACGACGUAUCCAUCGGUGCACUGGAUCGCACCCAUUAUCGGCGGCAUGUUUUUCGCGGCGGGACUGGUCAUGGUCUUCAUCUCGCUAAUGAGCUAUCUGGUCGACUCUUAUGUCGUCUAUGCUGCCUCUGUGCUGGCAGCCAACUCGGUGCUUCGGUCCCUGUUCGGCACCGCCUUCCCCUUGUUUACCACCCGCAUGUACCGAAAUCUCGGAAAUCAAUGGGCGAGCUCCAUUCCUGCGUUCCUGGUGAUUGGCUGCCUGCCUUUCCCGUUUCUGUUCUACAAGUACGGUCCGCAGAUCCGCUCCAGGUGCAAGUAUGCUGCCGAAGCAGCAAAGGUGCUGGAGAUGAUGCAUCGUCGGCACAUCGCCGUGGUUAGGAGCGAACAAAACGCGCCGGAAACGAAGGCUGAAUAG